CCUCCCAUUGAACUCACUCCUUAUUGUUUCCUGUAUCUUCUCCAGGUGGUGCUUAAAGGAGCCAGUAAGAAACUGAGCCUUCUUGGACAAACCUGUGCAGUGUGUCUGGAGGAGUUUAGAACCAGAGAUGAACUUGGAGUGUGCCCGUGCUCACAUGCAUUUCACAAGAAGUGCCUCCUUAAAUGGCUGGAGAUCCGCAGUGUGUGCCCCAUGUGUAACAAGCCCAUAAUGCGGCUGCACACGGACGCUCCGCAGGGUGCUGAGGGCCCAUUGGACCCUGAGGAGGUGUGAACUGGACUGUAGAUGGCGCACCACUGCCCUCCUCUGUGGAUAAUAUACACACAUUCAAAACACUACAGUCAAUGAAGAACCAUGGUCUAUUUAAAGACAGGAAUUAUUGAUAAUGAUCCUGCGGCCAGUUUGCUACCGACCUUGAGCAAUAUGCCUAUACUGUGGAAUUGAGACAAAACGAUGCGGUCAGUGAGUGGGUAGAUAAAUAGGAUGUUUUCAUGACAAAAUGCUCCUAGUUCUACUUCCAUGUUGCACUGUUCACCAAUAUAAAAACAAAAAGGAAAGGAGCCACAUUUAGAAAAAGCAGGAGAAACAUUGCUAGUCAUGGGACGAUUAGGACAGAAUUGCCAGGGGUUAGGACACUCUAAUUUCAGAGACAGUACGGAUACCUCUAAUAUCUCAGGAGUGUUACCAAUAAACAGCCAGCACAACCAUGUCCUUCACUCUUUAACGCUGUGCCACAUAUUCAGUACUGCCAAUGUAGGUGCAACAAUCAUGCAAUCAGAGUCGGCCAUAGCCUCCGAACUGACCCAAUCCAAGACCAGCGGGAUCACAACUAGUAAAACCCAACCGUAAUGUUACAGAUUGUGUCCCAGGCCCUUUCCUUAAAAAGACUGAUAGCAAACCUAGUCUUGCCUGUAUGUAUUGUACGUAAACGUGUCCCUAUAUUGUUAUUUUGUAUUUGUUGCUUUUAAAUAAAAUGUUACGUAUUGUAUUGUAA